CAACAGUAGAGUUUGGUCUCCGCUGCUUGGCUGCAUGGCCGACUUUCACCUGCGAGCCGAUCUGGGGAAAAGAUGGCCAUGAACGCUACCGAGGAGCUUGGCGAAUGGCAAGUUCGCUGUACAUAAUGCUCCUCGUGGUCGUCGUACCAAUCUCGUCCCUCACGGCUACAGGAGGUUACUCUGUCCUCUCUUCAUCAGUACAGAACAACAGCUGCCAUCAUGGACCCCGAGAAACAUGACGUGGAGAAGCUCGAGGUGGUCGAGGCCAAUAGCGACACCUUGAGCAAUGGGGACGAGGAGCGGGAGAACAAGGUCACCUUCGGCUUCUUCAUGACGAUGUUGGGCAUGGCUAUGGCAUUCAUCGUGGCAGAAGUCACUCCGCUUUUCUUCGUUACCUGCUUCACCGUCAUUGCGUUCGAUCUUGGAGCCAUCGAGAAAGUCAUCUGGGUCUUGGUCGCGCCUUACAUUGCCACCGGAGCCGUUGCACCAUUCGUUGGUUCUCUCUCCGAUCUCAUGGGCCGCAAAGGUCUCAUCCAGUUCUCUCUGGUUCUGGUCAUUGUGGCCUUCAUCUUGCAGGGUGCCGCACCCAACUUCGCCUGCUUCCUCGUUGGCGGAACAUUGGCAGGCGCUGCUAUCGGUAUCCAGCUUCUCUCUGUUAUUGCCGCAGCUUCUGAGCUGGUCUCUGUUUCCAAGCGUGGUGCCACAAUUGGAUACAUCGUGAUGGGCUUUAUCCCAUUCGCGCCUGCCUCGCUCUAUGGCCAGCUCAUCGCAGAGCACGACUGGAGAUACAUCUUCGCACUUCUCGCUGCCUGGUCAUUCAUCUCAUUCGUGGUUCUCCAAAUCUGGUAUCACCCUCCACCACGACCAGCUGCACUUGGCGCAACCAAGAAGGAGCUUCUCAUGCGCAUCGACUAUGGCGGAAGCGCGUUGUCGAUCCUUGCUGUCGUUCUCUUCCUCAUCGGUAUCAACUGGGGAGGAGCGGACUAUCCUUGGAGAUCGGCCCAAGUCAUUGGCAUGCUUGUCGCCGGUAUCGUCACCUUCAUCCUUUUCAUCCUGUACGAAAUCUACGUGACGAAAUAUCCAAUGUUCCCCGGACGACUUAUUCAGAGCAAGAGACACUUUAUCUCCGUCUCCGUGCUUUGCUUCACAUCUGGAUUCAAUUACAUUCCAUUGACUGUCUUCUGGACUAUCAUGACCUACACCGUAUACGGCGCAUCCUUCAAAGAAGCUGGUAUCUGGCUCCUUCCGCUUGGUUUCUGUAUCGCUGGAGGUGCCAUCGUCUCCGCAAUUGCGAUCACAGUCUUCAAGAAGCAGAUUGUAUGGGUUCUGCUCGUCUUCUGCGUCAUGCAGGUGGUCGGCAUUGCGUGCAUGGCACUCUACGAUCCAAACAAUAUCAACACUGUCUGGGGCCCAAUGAUCAUCGGACUCAUUGGUGUCGGCGCUGUUCUUCUGCCAUCACAGGUCGUCUUCUCCGUCAUCUCCCCCGACGACCUCAUCGGAACUUCUGUCGCGCUCUCACUCGUGAUCCGCAUGAUCGGGCAAGUCAUCGGAAAGUCCAUGUUUUACAACCUUUUCCGACAACAAGUUACGAAGAAGGCUCCAGCCAUUAUCGGUAUUCCUGCUGUCCUCGCUGGGUUCAUUGUCCCACCAGGCGAGCCUAACGCUGGCUUGCCCGAUGUUGCACGAAUUACAAAGCUGGUUACUACCAUGACGGCUGGUCCGCUCGACCACUAUCUGUCUCUGUUCCCGCAAAUCGACACUCCAGAGGAAUUAGCUUCGAUUGUCGCCGCCGGCCAGGAACUGUACUCGAAGUGCUUCCAGCUGUUGUUCUACGUCAGCAUUCCAUUCGGAACUCUGGCUAUUGUCAGCUGCUUUGGUCUCUGGGGAAUUGAGAAGUAUAUGACCAAGCGUGUGGCGGUUCACUUGCACUAGAGAUUUGCAAGGUGCAUAUAGCAUGAUUUGAACGAGAAAUGACAGCGCCCUUACGAGGGCUAUGAACUUCACCUGUUUCGUAAGAGUGCCCUUAGCCGGAUGUCCCAAACUUUGCAAAGCCUGUCGAAUGCGCAGGGAGUGAUGUAGACAACUUGCUUGAGCCAAAGCUCAAUUUGUUUCUGUGGGUUGACACAAAGGAGCUAAGACGUCCAGUGGAAGUGGGCAAGCAUAUCGGCGACUCGAUCAGUACUUGGAAUUUCGACUACCGCAGCCCACUACAUGGGAUACCCAAAAUCUGGUAACUGAGCGAAGGCCAAAAGA